GUCUCCGCUGUUUUGCUGCCCCUGCUGUAGUUGCUAUGCCUGUCGCUGUUGGUGUAGAUCUCGGCAGCACGCACUGCAAUGUCGGUGUGUGGCAUCAGGGACGACCAGAGGUCAUCGCGAACCACCAUGGCCUGAGGUCCACUCCCACAAUGGUAGCCUUCACCGACAGCGAAGUCUUGGUUGGGGAGGCUGCCCUGUCGCAGAUGCCCAAGAACGUGGCUAACACCGUGACUGGCUUCAAGUGGAUGGUCGGGCAGAAUCACGACCAGAUAGAGCCUCGCAUCAAGGCGAUGCUGGAGUCGUCCCCCUUCAGAUGCAGCGUGGAUUCGAAGGGCGAGGCCCGAGUAACAGUCAAGCACAAGGGCGAGGAAAAGGUCGUGGGGGCCGAGACCCUCUGCCGCUACCUGUUCGAGCACCUCAAGGACAUCGCCGAAGCCUUCGCCGGGGAGCCCGUGGGGCGGUGCGUUAUCUCGGUGCCGGCAGGCUUUGGCCCAGAGCAGAGGGAGGCCCUCCGUACGGUGGGGAAGCAGGUCGGGCUACCGUUCUCCCUGGUGGUGUCGGACCCGGUUGCGGCCGCCAUCGCGUACGGGUUGGAUAGACCCGACCACGAAAUGGUUGGGACAAGUCGGGAAGGAGGGGAGUUCAAGCCAAAACGGAAUAUCUUGGUUGUUGACUGGGGGGGCGGCGGGGUUGAGUCCACGGUGCUGAAGCGCACAGACGGCGUGCUCAGCAUCGUGGGGAGGGCGUCCGACGCUUCCGUCGGGGGAGGGGUUUUCACGGAAAGAUUGGUGGCGUUUUGCGCCAAGGACUUCAAGCGUCGGACUGGUGGACUGGACAUUUUUGAGAGCAAGAGAUCUGUGCUCAAGGUAACUCGUGCCUGCGAAGAGGCUGUUCGCACCCUGUCCGCGUCGGCCCAGGCGGACGUGUACAUCGAGGCCGCGCACGAGGGGUGCGACAUGAACGUGAAGAUCUCCCGCACGCGCUUCGAGGACCUCUGCUUCGACCUGUACAAGGCGGCGGGAGGGGUAAUCUCUAAGGCGCUGGCGGAGGCGGGAAUGGCAACGGACGCGGUGGACACUGUGCUAUUGGCCGGCGGAAUCACGCAGAUGCCGAAGGUGAACUCUUCAGUUAAGGCUACCUUCCCGGCAGGGACGCACUUCGAAGCGGGCCUUUUCCCGGACGAGGCCGUGGCUAUCGGCGCAACAACACAGGCCUUCCUGCUGCAGGAGCAUGGCUCGUUCGUCGCGCCCGGAGCGCCGCCCCUGCCCGUCGCCGUGCGAACGUGCCCCGCGAGCCUCGGCGUGCGUUGCGGGGGGAGCGGAGGCAACGCCGCCGAGGACGCGGCCGUCGCCAUCAUCUCCAAGGGGUGCAUCCUACCUGCCCAGGGAAACACCACCGUCAAGCUGGGGGGUGGGGGGGGUGGGGGCCCCGCGACGGAGGCCUACCUGGAGGUGGUAGAGAUCGGCCAGGCGGAGGGAGAGGGGGGCGCGCAGACGGCGCGACUGCUGGGUACCCUGGCGUUCGACGAGGCUGCGGUCCCGGCGGACGGCAGCGCGGAGGUGGACGUGAAGGUUGGCUUCACGCUCAGGUCGGAGGGCGUCCUCAAGAUCGAGGCGGUUACCCCCGGCGGGGUGUCGAAGGAGCUUGUCAUCGGCCACGACGGGACAGAGACUAGUUAGCGCCUGCCAGACUCGUUGGGGG